GUGGCCGUCUGCGCGCCUGCGCGGCGCAGGCCGACGGCGUCUAUCCUGCCCCGGCCGAACUGGGGGUUAGGUUCGUGGUGGGAGCCGCUCCUCAGGCUCCGCCGCCAGCCGGGGCUCGGGCUGGGGCCCGGGCCCCCGGGGAUGGCCCUCCGGCCCUCAAAGGGCGACGGCUCCGCCGGCCGCUGGGACCGCGGCGCAGGGAAGGCAGACUUUAAUGCCAAAAGGAAAAAGAAGGUGGCGGAGAUACACCAGGCUCUGAACAGCGAUCCCAUCGACGUGGCUGCCCUCCGACGAAUGGCUAUCAGUGAGGGAGGACUCCUGACUGAUGAGAUCAGGUGCCAAGUGUGGCCUAAGCUCCUCAAUGUCAACACCAAUGAGCCACCGCCUGUGUCAAGGAAGGACCUUCGCGACAUGAGCAAGGACUACCAGCAAGUGCUGCUGGACGUCAGGCGGUCUCUUCGGCGCUUCCCCCCUGGCAUGCCGGAUGAGCAGAGAGAAGGGCUCCAGGAAGAGCUAAUCGAUAUCAUCCUCCUCAUCUUAGAUCGCAACCCUCAGCUCCACUACUACCAGGGCUACCAUGACAUCGUGGUCACGUUUCUGCUGGUGGUGGGGGAGAGGCUGGCAACAUCCCUGGUAGAAAAAUUGUCUACCCACCACCUCAGGGAUUUCAUGGAUCCCACAAUGGACAACACCAAGCACAUCCUAAAUUAUCUGAUGCCCAUCAUUGACCAAGUGAGCCCAGAGCUCCACGACUUCAUGCAGAGUGCUGAGGUGGGGACCAUCUUUGCCCUCAGCUGGCUUAUCACCUGGUUUGGGCACGUCCUGAUGGACUUCAGGCACGUUGUGAGGUUAUACGACUUCUUCCUGGCCUGCCACCCACUCAUGCCCAUUUACUUUGCAGCUGUGAUCGUGCUGUACCGGGAGCAGGAAGUCCUGGACUGUGACUGUGACAUGGCCUCUGUCCACCACCUGUUGUCCCAGAUCCCUCAGGACCUGCCCUAUGAGACGCUCAUCAGCAGAGCAGGAGACCUCUUUGUUCAGUUUCCCCCUUCUGAACUUGCAAGGGAGGCGGCUGCUCAGCAGGAGGCUGAGAGAACGGCAGCCUCUACUUUCAAAGACUUUGAGCUGGCAUCGACUCAGCAGAGGCCAGAUAUGGUGCUGCGGCAGCGGUUUCGGGGACUUCUGAGGCCUGAGGCUCGAACAAAAGAUGUCCUGACCAAACCAAGGACCAACCGCUUUGUGAAACUGGCAGUGAUGGGGCUGACGGUGGCCCUUGGAGCAGCAGCACUAGCAGUGGUGAAGAGCGCCCUGGAGUGGGCCCCUAAGUUCCAGCUGCAGCUGUUCCCCUAAACUCAGCUCAAGCAGCUACUUCCUCACCCAGGGCACCAAGCUCUCCCCAUUUCCAGGAGGGUGAAGUUGCUGUGAUUAAAGGGUUUCUGUCAGGGGUGUUUCAUCUGCCACCCUUGGCAGCUUGUCUUUUGGCUUUGAUGGCUAGUGGCCGAGCUGCCUGACACUGGGCUUGCCAUACCUGAGUGCUCUCUGCACUUCUCCUGUUGAAAGUGGCUCUGGAGCACCUGGCUACCCAACUCACUGCCUAAAAAGUUGAGCCCAGAGAUGGCCUCCUUAUAGCACCAUGUGUCUUGAGUAUCUUUAGACAAAGCAGGCAGGAUGGUCCAGCCUUGGAAUGAAAGCGAGGGGAGAGAACUCUAGCCUGGGAGCCAGCUGGUUAAAAGCGGCCAUAUUAGCUGGUCAGAAUCAGACUCGAGCUGGGUUUUAAUUAAAUUUUUAUGAUCCCAGCCUAGAGAUCACAUGCAGAGGAACGUUAAUCACCAGGAUGGUGUUGCCUGUGUCUCCCCGAUCUUUCUCCUCUACAUGCCACAUGACAGAACCUACAAAGACAUUUUUAAUACUGUUUUUAAGAUUGUAUACUACACCUAACAUAGCAAGUACUCCUCACUUUAAAAAAAAAAUUACUUAUGUGUGUGUACAGGUGCCCACAGAGGCCACAGGUGGGCUUCAGGUUUCCUGGAGCCUGGUGUGGGUGCUGGGAUCUGAAUGCCAGGCCUCUGGUGAAGCAGCAGUAAGUGCUCUUAACUGCUGAGCCAUCUCUCCAGCCUCUUUCAUAGCUCUUUCAUGAGAGAAGCUGUCAGAGCAUUGAGUUUCUACUGGGCUAACAGUUAUUCUUUCCGUUUUUGGAGGGGAAUAGAACCCAGGGCCUUGCACAUGCGAAGCAAAAGUGUUCUACCACUGAGCUGCCCCAGCUUUGUUUUUUUUCCCAUUUUUAGUUUUGAGACAGGGUCUACUGAAAUUAUCCAGGCUGGCCUUGAACUUUUGAUCCUCCUGCCAUGGCUCCCAAUUAUCUGGGAUGACAGGGUUGCCCCUGAGAUACUCUUCCCUGCUCAGCUUAGCCAAAGUUGUUUGUGAACACUCCCAGACCCCACAGUGCCACUUCCUGACUCGCUUUCCUCAUUUUCCUCCUCUUACCCUCCUUGGCCUGUCUUUGUGUCGAUCUCUUCCGCUGCUGGUCUCAGGCUGGGAAUGUCCUUGGAAACUUGCCAGCACGUAGACAGGGUUUGGCAGGAACCCCACACCACCAGCCUCACUGUACCUGGGAUCCUCCAGGAGAGGUGUACAGGAUCUAUGGGAUCACUUGGUCUUCCUAGGAUGGCUUUGUUAAAAGUGAAGCCAGCUGUGUUUUACAACAACUGGCUUGAAAACAAAAGUGCCUUUUGCUGCUUUAGGGUGUGUGGUGGGAAGCUCGUUUCCUCCUUUCCUGGGCACUCUUUUCCAGUCCUGCCAUGUCCACACCCCACAUGUCCUCUGCCCAUCCCCUUGUCUCCUGUGCCCAUUGUAUGCAGUGGGACACUCUGCAUGCCGGGCAGCCACGAAGCCAGAGUAUAUAGGAGGUGUCCUGGCUGAGUUAUAUAAAGCACUUUAAGUCAAGUUAGAGUGGUAGGUAAGUCCUUCUCUGCACAGGAGCCUUGCCUUGGGUGAGUGAUUCACUGGGAUUCAUUCGGGACAAAGGAGAAGUUUCCAGGAUCCAGAGUGAUAAGGUAACAAAUACUAUUGGUCUACCCCGGGAGCUUAUCAUCUAUGCCUCUAGCCUGCUUGAAGACUGUAGGAAGUUUGCUGGCUGAGGGGAGGGCAUGAGCUCAGGGGCCCAAGCAAGCAGGUGGCACUGGCUUGUGAGGAGCUGAACAGUGGUCUGUGCCCGUAACAGGACUCCCCUGCCACUGAGAAGAAAGCAUUGUCAAUUUACCUUCAGGUAUUUACUUACUCUGUAAAAAAAAAAUAUGUGUAGAUGUUUUGUACAGAGCCCUGUAUGAAAUAAAUGCCCUUAUGUGAUUCCUAA